AAGGAAAAAAAUCACACACACACACAUACAAUGAGUGGGAAAGAAAAAUAUAAGAUAGAGGAAGAGGAGGAGGAGACAAAGGUUGUUCAUCAUUGGAGCCACGAGCAUCGACUUACUCUGGGAAAACCUCGUAUAGGAGAAAGAUGUUAUGGUUGUGGAAGGUCUUUUAAUAGAGGAGAGAAAGCUUAUGAAUGUAGAUUAUGUUGGGAGAAUAUCAUAUUAGAUGAAGAAUGUUUGGGAAUGCCGAGGAAGAUCAGACACGAAAUGCACCCACAACACACACUUACUCAACAUGUAUUCACGUCUGACCAAAUGAUCAUCCAUGGCGAAACACUCAAAGGAAAGUUGUGUGCAAUCUGCGAAAGGAUUAUUAUCAUUCGCAAAAGGCCUUAUACCAACACGGAGGAGGGGGGCAUUUUGUACAAAUGUACGAGGGCAGAAUGUGAGUUGUGGAUGCAUAUGAGAUGCGCGCAAGGUAGUGACAUGAUGUACGAUGCAGCCGAUGAUGACGACGAUGACGAGAAACAUCGCACCAUAGAUCAUCCGAGUCACCCCAAACAUGCAUUGAAGUUGGUGAUGAGGAGUUGUCGCUUCAAGUGCGAUGCUUGCGGCAUCACACGCGGGGGGAAGUCCUACAUGUGCUGCAAACCUAAUUGUCAAUAUUGGAUCCACGAGAGUUGCGCAUCGUUGCCUCAAACCAUCGAAAGCGAGUACCACUCUCACUCCCUCUCUCUCUUUUUUCAUGUCCCACCUCCAUAUAUGAAAUGGGACUUGAAAUGUGAUGUGUGUAGCAAAUAUUUAUCGUCUAAAUAUUGGAUAUAUCAUUGUGAGUUGUGCAGCUAUGUUGUCCAUCUCAAGUGCGCCUCCAACGCCACUAGGUACGUUGUGAUCAAUAUUCUUGUUUCAAAUUAUUUAAAAAGAAACAGCUAA